CAAACAAAAAGCUUAUCAGACAUACAACUGUUAAUAACUUAUUAUUUCAAUUAUUAAAUUGGACUGAUAAAAUGUGAUCAUGUUUAUUUAACUAUCAUUUUAGGACCAGUUUAGUACAUUCGGACGCUCCCUGGUGAAAACGAUUUCUAUGAUGAUAGGGGAGAUUGAUUUUAAGACAACAUUAUAUGAUGAAUAUGUGAAUUUUGAGUUCCUGAGCUUCGUUUUCUUUUCAAUCUUUAUGUUGCUUAUGCCAAUAGUGGUCGUUAAUCUACUGGUUGGUUUAGCGGUGGAAGAUAUACAUGCAUGCAAACGAAACGCCAGUCUUGAGAAAAGAAGAUUGCAGGUUGACCUCAUGCUGGAAUUUACGAUGUCAUCAGAAUCGAAAUAUAGUUGGUCUCCUUUUAGUUUACCUGUCCCAGACAGUACGACAUUAAUCAUUCCAAAAAAUCAAGGCUUUAUCAAGAAAAUGUGGGAUAGUGCGUGGAAAUUAACCGAACAUGAUAUAAAAUCUGGACUGAAACCUGAAAAAGACAGAAUAUUCAAAUUGGAAAGGAAAUUAAACAAGCUUAGAAAGUAUAUGAAGAAACAGAUGGAAACGACGAGAGAAAUCUUAGAGCGCUUAAAAUAAAGAGAAGAAGAAUCAAGUUCAACAUGUUAAAUAUAUUUUUUAUACGACAUAAGAUGUGAAGAUAAGUUUAAAACUUGACUAGCAUUUCAAAAGUUACUAUAGUAACUAGUUUUACAAUCUACUACUUAAACCAGAUAGUCUCCAGAAGAGAUAAAGUCAAACUGAACUGAUUCUUUGUCAUAACAAUUUAUUACAGGGGAAUUGCUUAAACAAAUGACUAAAUAUUAAUGAUGAUAUAGAAUUGCUAUAGUCAGAUAAUUUCCAUCAAUUAUAAUAAAUUAAAAUGUAGAUAGUAUGUCUUGAAAUGUCAGUUGCCAAAAUUCUACAUUCAAAUCAAUACUUAAUGCUUUCAUAUACCCAAAAUUAAUGACGAUUUGAAUUCAUACCGUUUCAAAUAUUAUGACCCACUUUAUUAAUUGUUUUAUGAGAUUACUGUUAUAUGUUAGUCAUAUUUAUCACAAACAAUGUCUUGAAAAUAUAUAUUCACGACUGCCAUUAUGCUUGAAACUCAUAUAAACAGGAAU